AUUUUUAUUAAAUGAGCUUUAAUAUUNAUUUUUUUUAGUANUUUUUAUAUGUUAAUGUUUUUAAAUACAUACUAUUAUAGUAAUUUUAUAAUUAUAGAAUAUAUAAUUACUUCAAUUUUAAAUUUAGAUUAUAAAUUAUAUUUCAUUAUGGACUGAAUAAGCUCAUUAUUUUCAUGCGUAGUUUUAUUUAUUUCAAGAAUGGUAUUGUUAUAUAGUCAUAGUUAUAUAAUGAGAGAAAAAAAUAAAAUUUCUUUUUGUUGAAUAGUAUUAGCAUUUGUAUUAUCAAUAAUUUUAUUAAUUAUAAUACCUAAUGCUUUUAUAUUAAUUUUAGGAUGAGAUGGAUUAGGUUUAGUAUCAUACUUAUUGGUAANUUUUUACCAAAGGACUAACUCCUAUAAUUCUGGAAUAAUAACAAUUAUUAGAAAUCGAUUUGGAGAUGUAAUAAUAAUUAUAAUAGUUAUUUUUAUAAUAAAUUUUGGUUCUUUUGAUUUAUUAAGAAUUAAUAAAAUUGAAUUUUUAUGUGGUANUUUUAUUAUUACUGCUGGAUUAACGAAAAGAGCUCAAAUUCCAUUUUCUGCUUGACUUCCAGCAGCAAUAGCUGCUCCUACUCCUGUAUCUUCUUUAGUUCAUUCUUCAACUUUAGUAACAGCUGGAGUUUAUUUGCUAAUUCGAUUUGAAUUUAUGUUUAAGAUUUCAAUUUUAAGAAAUUUUUUAUUAAAAAUUUCUUUAUUAACUAUAUUAAUAGCAGGAAUUAAUGCAUUUUGUGAGAAUGAUUUNAAAAAAAUUAUUGCAUUUUCUACUCUAAGACAAUUAUCUAUAAUAAUAGUAAUUUUAUCAAUAAAUUUAACUAAUUUAGCNUUUUUACAUUUAAUUAUUCAUGCAAUUUUUAAAUCAAUAUUAUUUCUUGGCGCGGGUUAUGUAAUUCAUAAUAUAAUAGGAAAACAAGAUAUUCGAAUGUUAUCUGACUUUUUUUNUUAUAGACCUUUAAUUAUAAGAUGUAUAAUAAUUUCAAGUUAUUCUCUUAUAGGAAUUCCUUUUAUUGGAGGAUUUUAUUCUAAAGAUUUAAUUUUAGAAUUUUUUUUUUUUAAAAAUACUAAUUUAAUUAAUUUAAUAUUAUUUAUUAUAGGAAUUUUAUUUACUUUUCUUUAUAAUAUACGAAUAAUAUAUAUUAUAUUUUUAAAAGGAGUAUACUCUAGAAGAAUAAUUAAUUUAAAUUUUAAUAUAAUUAUAUCUCUUCCUAUUUUUGUUUUGACUUUUCUAUUAUUAUUAGUUGGAAAUUUANUUUUUUGGCUGUUAUUACCAAAUUUUUCUUUAAUUUUUAUUACAAAUUUCCAAAAAUUAUUAGGAAUUUUAAUAUUCAUUUUAAUUUUAUUAUUUUAUAUAUUUUUCAUAAAAUUUAGAAGUUUUGUAAAUUUUCUAAAUUUAGAAUUUUUCCAUACAAUAUGAUUUUUAUCAAAAUUAACAAGAAUAAUUUUUCUUAUUAAUAAUAAAUUUUAUUUAAAAUUAAGNUUUUUUGAUUGAACUUGAGUAGAAUCUUUGGACCUUUACGGAUUAAGNGAUUUAUUAAUAAAAAAUUUUAAGUUAACUUUAUUAAGCCANUUUUUAAAUUUUUCUAGAAUUAUUAUAAUUAUAAUUUUAAUAAUUAUAUUAAAUAAUUAA